AUGGCUUCAACCUUCGAUCCCUCUGUGUCAGUUUCUGGCAUGCGCCCUCCACUUGCAUCCGCGGACGCGCCGUCCAUGGCCGACCAGCUCCCGGCGCUCAACUUUGGAUUCGAGGAUUUACGCGCCCGUAUGGCACAGUUUAGCGCAAAAUUCGAUGCAUUCAUUGAAAGAGGGAGAAAGCAAAUUCUAGAGGAGAAGAACCAGUUUCGAGUCAAUCUUGCAGAGCUCCAAGAGGAUCGGAAUAUGAAACAGAAAGAUAUCGAGAUAUUCAAUUUAAAAUCGCAAACCCAUGCGCAAACAUUGCAGAAGGAGGCGGCGGAGGCAGCAGAAAUGCACGAAGCAAUUGCCGCAAUUAGUCAACAACGAGAUGCGCGCUUAACCACCCGGGACCGAUUAAAACAGCAAAUCGAAGAGACACAAAAGGCAAUAAAUCAAAGGCUGGAAGCUCAGAAAGCGCAUGCGAGACACCUUGAAGCUCAGGCACGCCUGAAUGUUCCCGAGCUGGAGUUUUGGCAAGAUAUUUUGUGCUUGAGAAUUGAGGGUGCAGGGAGAGAUGAUCGAUUGAAAAUAGUGUACAGUCAUCUCUUAGAAAAGGAUUGGGAGAAGGAAGCUUGGUUUGAACUUGGGACAGCCUCCAGGGAUUACGAAGUGUUUCAUUGCCGCCCCAAGUUGGACCGGGCAGCCAUUGAGCAAGAGCUUGAUAUUGUCAAUGAAGACCGGGAUUUUGGGGCCUUUAUCAAACGGAUGCGAAAAUUGUUCGUGGCCGCAAUGAAGUGA